UUAAGCGAAAGCGUCGCAAGCAAUGAAACAAAAUGGAAUGGCAUGAAAUUUCUUAGCGAUCUUUGAGGAUAAGCGCUGGUUUCACUGCGCGCUGCCGCACAGACGUCUACAGUGGUUCGAGGCAGACGUUACGUUCAAACGGUCGGCGCGCAAGAAUCGCCACCAAAAGUAGUUACAAAAUUAAAGCCACACCAACAACAACAACAAUAGCCACUGCAGCAACAACAACAUCAGCCAGAGCAACAGGCGGCUGCGUGCAGAACUCUAAAAAAAAAAGAAGAAAAACUUUUGGAGAAGCCAAAAUAAAAAAAUAAAUAAAUCGAAAAACUUUUACAGUUCGGCUGCAGAAAAAAAGUGUGUUUUGUGCAUCAAAUUUGAAACUCUACAAGAUUCUGAAAAUAUUUUUAAUAAUUCCCACGAGCAAAGCCAAGGAAACAUAGCCGCGACAAAAUGUUGACUACUCCUGACUUUGGUGCACUUGAAAUUUAAUUUUCACCAAUAAGAAAAACCAACAACAGCAACAACUAUAACACCAACUAUAGCAACAACAACAACUAAACCAAAUUUACCAUCGCAUUAAACUGUUUUGUGUUCUCUGCAUAUCAAGAGAAAAGUGAAAGUGUAUUUUAUCGGUGCGCCGCUGCUUGGGCUUUGGCGUUUUUUUUGGGCGCUCGGCGUGCGUGAGUGCCUCUUGAAUUCCAAAUAUCUUACAAUGGAAACCAGGCAAACUACCAAAUAAGCAGCACCAAUCAAAGAGAAACUAUCAAGCCAAAAGCAUAUGUGCGUGUGAGUGUGUGUGUACAACAAUUUACAACAUUGGAUUACCAUAAGCAACAACAACAACAACAACAGGAACAAUAGCAACAACAGCAACAGCGAGGACAAGGACAUCCACAGAAAGGAUAUACGAGGAGAUCUUCAACAAUUACACAAAUUUGGAUAUGGCUGCCAACGAGAUAAUGGCGCCGACAGUCAAUGCUAACUGUCAGUACUCGACCCGUUAUUGCUGGGAAGCUGAAAAAGUCAAAUCAUUGAUCAGAUUACGAGCUGAACUCUCACCACUCUUCACGGGCAAAAGAAACGCCUCGAAAUAUGCCUGGGCCGUGGUCGAGCGUGAGCUCAAUGUGCCGCUGCCGCUGUCGAAGAUCAUCAAAAAGUGGAACAAUCUGCUGCAGGAGUACAAGGCCAUCAAAAUGUCCGAGGAGCCGAAGCGGCGGGAGUGGCCAUUCUUCACACUGAUGGACGUGUACUUCAGCGACCAGGUGAACGAUCCCUCGCUGCGCCUCUUUUCGUCCACAAAGACGCUGAAGGAGACACUGGACGACAGCGUCUUCGAGGAUGAUCCAAUCAUUGCCUCGGCCAUUGCGGCGGCCACCAGCGGCGCCUACAUGGAGAUCGAUGAGCUCAUCCGGCGGCAGAAGGAGCGCGCCGCCUUGGCUGCCGAGCGGAAGCUGGCAGCGGCCGCCAGCAGCGCCAGUGGCGACUAUAAGUACGAUCUGAAGCCGAUGCUGGGCAACAACAACAGCAGCAACAAGUUCAACAGCAACAGCGAUAUGGUGAAGCUCUCCAAGAGCGUCGACGACUUGUCCAUGCAACAGUACAAGCUUAAGCAGGAGCUGAUGCGUCAGCGUGAGCAGGAGCAGCAGGAGAACAUGGUCAAGAUCAAGCAGCAUGCACGCCAACAGCAACAGCAGCAGCAGCACCAGCACCAGCAACAACAGCAACAGCACCAACAGCAGCAGCAGCAACAACAACAGCAGCAGCAGCAACAACAUCAUCAGGCUCAGCAGCAACAGCAGCAGCGUUUCAUGAGCCACCAGCCGUCCCUUUCGCCGCAUCCGCAUCGCAUGUCCUCGUCGUCGACGCCACCGGGACUGCAGCAUGCGCUGCAGCAGCAGCAGCAACUAUUGCAACAGCAACAGCAACAUUUACAGCAGCAUCUGCAGCAGCAACAGCAGCAGGCUCAGCUGCAGCAGCAACAACAGCAGCAUCAUCAUCAGCUCGCUCAUCCCCAUCAGCCACCCACGCCGCGUCCCAGCUCGCCGCCAACGACCGCUCAGCAGAUCCACAUCACUGCCACACAGCAUCAGGCAGCCCAGCAGCAGCUGCAGCAGCAACAGCAACAGCAGCAGCAACAGCAGCAGCAGCAGCAACACAAGCAACAGCAACAGCAGCAGCAACAGCCCUACACCGAUCCCAACACCAUCGAUCAGUAUCUGCUGUCGUGGAACAAUUUCCAUGGCAACAUGUGCCGCGGCUUCCAUUCCCUGCAGAAGGACGAGAAGAUGGUGGACGUGACCAUAGCAGCAGGAGGCAAGAUCUUCAAGGCACACAAACUGGUGUUGUCCGUUUGCAGUCCCUACUUCCAGCAGAUCUUCCUGGAGAAUCCAUCCAGUCAUCCCAUAUUGCUGAUGGCCGACGUCGAGGCCAGCCACAUGGCCGGCCUGCUGGACUUCAUGUACAGCGGCCAGGUGAAUGUCAAGUAUGAGGACUUGCCGGUCUUCCUCAAGGUGGCCGAGGCCAUGAAGAUCAAGGGACUCCACACAGAGAAAAAUUUGGACAGCGAUGCGAGCGACAUUGGCUCGCCCCUAGAAAGCGACGGCACCGAGUGCCGUUACGAGCGUGGCACGCACAGCGUCAACAUCACCAGUGGCCAUGCCGCUGGCUAUGGCGCCACAGCACUGGAGCAGGCGGCGCUGAAUGGACCCAGCCGCUGCCCGACGCCCCUGUCGUUGACCAAGGAUCCGGGCUAUGCGGGAUUCCGGGAGCACAUCAAGUCGAAGGCAACGCUAGCGGAGACCUUUAUAAAGAAUCUGAAUCGUAACAACAACAACAACAACAGCACCAAUAACAACAACAACUACAACAACACUGUCAGCAAUCCGACCGUGGCCGACCCAGAGAGCAACUCCUUUGCGAUCCUGCAGGCGAACAGCAAGAAAAUGCUCGACUCUGCACGCAAGCAGCACAAGUACCUGGCCAAGCGCAAGAUCCUGAUGCACUACAACGCAGAGCUGGGCGGCGAGAAGCGGCUGAAGGAGAUGGAGCGCGAGCACUACCCCAGCGCGGAGCUGAACGACGAUGCACUGAACAACAAUCACGCCUAUGCCACUAGCCAGGACAUUUUGGAGCCCAUCACAACGAUUGUGCCAAGGACGCCGGAGCCGCAGCCGCCGCCAUCGACGCACAACAACAACUCGUUCAAAAUACGACUCGUGGAUAGUCACCAUUUGACCAACAGCAGCAGCAACAAUAACAGCAAGAGCACCGGCAACAACAACAAUAACAACAAUAAUAAUAGCCAGCCCGAUGAUGAGGAGGCUUUGAAUCUGGUACAAACGCCCAAUAUCAAUGGCAAUCGGGCACGCCCACAAACACCAACACCUCCGCCUGAUAUACAGUUGGUGAAGCGUGAAGUGGAGCUUGAGGCGUCGCCAGGUGAGGCCACAAACAACAGCAACAACAACAACAACGAUGGACACGAUGAAGAUCUCGCCGCCUAUGAGCACAAAUACGACGACAACAACAACAAUCGCGGCCUGGAUAUAGAAACUGACUCGAACAACAACAAUAGCAGCAGCAGCGGCAACAACAACAACAACAAGGGCAACAACGAGACAAACAACAACAACAACAAUAGCAUGGGUGCCGGACUAGCAUUGGCGCUGGGCAAGCACAAGCUGUUAAAUGCCAUCAAUCGAAGUCUGGAACUGGAGCAGCAACAUGCUGCUGAUGGAGGCAAGAACAACAACAACAACAGCAGCAAUGGAGAGCAUGACAACGAUGACAACAACAACAACAAUCACAGCCAACAUCUAGACCUGAGCACCAUCAAGAAUAUAGCCACGGCAGAGAUCCUAUGCGGGCUAAAGAGCAAAGUGCUCAAGCUGGAGGAAGAGCAGCGUGAGCGAGAGCGAGAGAGAGAGCGCGAGAGGGAGAGGGAGCGCGAGAGAGAAGCCUGUCGCAGUCUGAGCGAGAUUAAAAAUGCCGAUUGAUGCAACAGGGUGUGUUAGGGGCGGGGCUUAAAUAUAUAUACAUAUAUAUAGAGAUAUAUACAAACACAUAUAUAUAUAUAUAUACAUACAUAUAUAUGUGAACAUAUGCAUUUGAUUAACUUAGCGAGGAUAUAUAGUACAUGUAGCGAAUCAUCUAUGUAUGCUAUUUAUAGUUAUUUAUUAUACAUUUUAAUAUCGUUAAUAUAAUUUUAAACAUACACAGGCAGAUACACACACACACACACACACACACACCUCACACACACACAUGCAUACACAGACAUUUUCAUUUUGGUUUAUAUUUAGGCGUAGCGUUUCUUCAGCACUCAAGAUCAAGAAUUCCCCAACUAGUUCUUAAGAUUCUCAAUACAUAUAAAACAUAUACUAACACAUACUAAAAAAAAGAAAAAAAAAAUGAAAAGAGGAAAUCUAAUAUUAGCAUUUGGAAAGUGGCCCUGUUGCAAUACAUUUUAAGGUCUUUAUAAACAAUAAUAUAUAUGACAUACAAUGUUUGUAUUGUAUAUACAUACAUAUACAUAUACAGGAAUAGAAUCCUGUAUCGCAGGUUUGCUUUGAGAAGUGUUGAGCACCUGAAUUUUAUUUGAUUAAUUGCCAACAACUUUUGCAAUAUGUAUUUUUUAUGAUUAUUUAAAGUAUCUCAAUCAUGCAUACAUAUCACACCCACACAUACACACACACAUGCAUACAUGCGCAUUCACAUACUAUGAAAUUACAAACAUACAUAUUACUACUUACAUACACAUAAAAAAAAGGAAAAAACUACAACAACAAAAAUGAACAAAAAAAGAACUAGUUAUAAAUGCAUCUCGUUUUUAGUUUUAACUUGCCAACUCCUUUUGAAUGUUGCGCGCUGGUUCCAUAUGUUCAGCUGCUUCGCUGCGUCACGUAACCCUGGAAUGGUUCCGGAACUUGUUAAUUGUUGUUUACAUGCUGAUGCGGCUGGAACCCACACCUCAUACAUAUAUACCAGACAAACCACCCGAUUGCAAAGAAAAUUCAAACAUGACCCGCACAUCAAUCAUGCACAGUGUGACUCGUAC